AUGUCUCACAGAAAGUACGAGGCUCCUCGCCACGGUUCGCUGGCUUACCUGCCGCGCAAGCGUGCUGCUAGGCACAGAGGCAAAUGCAAGAGCUUCCCCAAGGACAAUGCAAAGGCCUCGCCUCAUCUCACAGCUACUAUGGGAUAUAAGGCCGGCAUGACCACGAUCGUUCGCGACCUCGACCGUCCCGGCGCCAAGGCCAACAAGAAGGAGGUGGUUGAGGCCGUCUCCAUCAUUGAUACCCCCCCUGUGAUCGUUGUUGGUAUUGUGGGUUACAUCGAGACUCCCCGCGGUCUUCGCUCUCUCACCACCGUCUGGGCCGAGCACUUGUCCGACGAGCUCCGCCGCCGCUUCUACAAGAACUGGUACAAGUCCAAGAAGAAGGCCUUCACCAAGUACGCCAAGCAGCACGCCGAGUCCUCCGGCGCCAACAUCACUCGCGAGAUCGAGCGCAUCAAGAAGUACUGCACCGUCGUCCGUGUUCUCGCCCACACCCAGAUCCGCAAGACUCCCCUCAAGCAGAAGAAGGCCCACCUCAUGGAGAUCCAGAUCAACGGUGGCUCUGUUCCCGAGAAGGUCGACUUCGGCUACGGUCUCUUCGAGAAGCCCGUUGAGGUCAGCUCCGUCUUCGAGCAGGACGAGGUUAUCGACGUCAUUGCCGUCACCAAGGGCAAGGGAUUCAACGGUGUCACCUCCCGUUGGGGCACCAAGAAGCUUCCUCGCAAGACUCACAAGGGUCUCCGCAAGGUCGCUUGUAUCGGUGCUUGGCAUCCUUCCCACGUCCAGUGGACCGUUGCCCGUGCCGGUCAGGACGGAUACCACCACCGUACCUCUGUCAACCACAAGGUUUACAGAAUCGGCAAGGGCGACGCUGACGACAACGCCGCCACUGAGCUCGACGUCACCAAGAAGACCAUCACUCCCCUCGGUGGCUUCGUCCGCUACGGUGAGGUCAAGAACGACUUCGUCAUGGUCAAGGGCUCCAUCCCCGGCCCCAAGAAGCGUGUCGUCACCCUCCGCAAGUCCAUGUGGACUCACACUUCCCGCAAGGCCCUCGAGAAGAUCGACCUCAAGUGGAUCGACACCUCGUCCGAGUUCGGACACGGUGCUUUCCAGACGCCGGCGGAGAAGAAGCAGUACCAGGGUACUCUCAAGAAGGACCUUGCUACCGCUUAA